GUCGGUGCCUCAGCAGGCCCCGCCCACAAGCAACCAACUGUCAAGGAGCAACCGUUAGUGGGCGGAUUCAAUCAACUGUUGGACUGUCUGUCCCUCGUCAAGUGGAGAGUGAGUAGACCAGAAUGGUGAAAGAUUCCAAUGUGUAGGUUUCUCGAAACACCUCUAUUUUCUAGAAGACACCGGUAUUCUAGAAGACACUGGUAUCACAGUGACUUUAUUCUUAUACAUCACCAUGGAAGGAGAUGCUCAGAGGAAUGUAAGGGAAAAGUUGUUUUAAUGGAGGAGAGCAUCCAGAAAGCCAGCUGCCAUGCAUAAUGUCUUUAUGACCAGUGUGCACUCACCUGAAAAUCUUACAGGAAUCAACAAAGAUUAAUCGGAAUUGAGAAUAAAGAAAACAGUCAGAGCUACAAUUCUCCCAAAUGACAUUUUCAAUACUCAGGAAACAAAUUUUGAACAGCUCAUGAGUACUACCAUAGAACUCUAUAAUCUUCUACGGGAUGGAAUUUGAAUCAGAGUACUGAUUUAAAGCACAAUUUUCCUCCUGGAAAUUCUCUAAAACUGCUGAAUAUAGAGAUUUGCAGAAAGCACUGCAAGACUUCAAGGCAAGACACAGAGCAAGAGGAGUAGUUCUGAUCAGUAGUGCUCCAGUUGUGAUAAUUCUCAUCCAUUUCUCUGUGGACACUGUUCAAGACAAUUUCCAAAUCCUCUAUACCUGGAGAUGGCGAAAUUCAACUGAUCAAAUUGUACUAGUCUCAGGAGCUACAAAUUGCUCACUCUGUGAUGGGAGGACUAUACCAUACUCCUGUAGCAUAGAGGAAAUCCUCUAGGUGGUUGGACAGUGCACUGAGAACAGAAUGAAGACUCUUUAUAAUGGGCUUUCAAGACGUUUUGUGAUCUGGCUUCAACCACGUCUAUGACCUCAUCUCAGAUCGGCCUGAGCCGCGAGCCGGUGCUGCUGCUGCAGGACCCGUCCGGGGACUACAGCCUGGCGCACGUCCGCGAGAUGGCUUGCUCUAUAGUCGACCAGAAGUUCCCUGAAUGUGGUUUCUAUGGAAUGUAUGAUAAGAUCCUGCUUUUUCGCCAUGACCCUACCUCUGAAAACAUCCUUCAGCUGGUGAAAACAGCUAGCGAUAUCCAGGAAGGGGAUCUCAUUGAAGUUGUCUUGUCAGCUUCCGCCACCUUUGAAGACUUUCAGAUUCGCCCCCACACUCUGUUUGUUCAUUCAUACAGAGCUCCAGCUUUCUGUGAUCACUGUGGAGAAAUGCUUUGGGGGCUGGUGCGUCAAGGCCUUAAAUGCGAAGGAUGUGGGCUGAAUUACCACAAGAGAUGUGCAUUUAAAAUCCCCAACAACUGCAGUGGCGUGAGGCGGAGAAGGCUCUCGAAUGUCUCCCUUACCGGGCUCAGCACUGUGCGCACAGCGUCCGCCGAGCUCGCCACCAGUGCCCCCGACGAGCCCCUUCUGUCUCCUGUGAGUCCUGGCUUUGAGCAAAAGUCACCUUCUGAGUCCUUCAUUGGUCGAGAGAAGAGGUCAAAUUCCCAGUCGUACAUUGGGCGCCCCAUCCAGCUCGACAAGAUCUUGCUGUCCAAGGUUAAAGUGCCGCACACGUUCGUCAUCCACUCGUAUACCCGGCCCACGGUGUGCCAGUAUUGCAAGAAGCUUCUCAAGGGGCUCUUCAGGCAGGGCCUGCAGUGCAAAGAUUGCAGAUUCAACUGUCAUAAACGCUGUGCACCAAAAGUGCCCAACAACUGCCUUGGUGAAGUGACCAUUAACGGAGAUUUGCUUAGCCCUGGGGCAGAGUCUGACGUAGUCAUGGAAGAAGGGAGCGAUGACAAUGACAGUGAAAGAAACAGUGGGCUCAUGGAUGACAUGGAAGAGGCAAUGGUCCAGGAUGCUGAGAUGGUGAUGGCUGAGUGCCAGAACGACAGUGGGGAAAUGCAGGAUCCAGACCCAGACCACGAGGACUCCAACAGAACCAUCAGUCCAUCAACAAGCAACAACAUCCCACUCAUGAGAGUAGUGCAGUCUGUCAAACACACGAAGAGGAAAAGCAGCUCAGUGAUGAAGGAAGGAUGGAUGGUCCACUACACCAGCAAGGACACGCUGCGGAAGCGGCACUAUUGGAGAUUGGAUAGCAAAUGUAUUACCCUCUUUCAGAAUGACACAGGAAGCAGGUACUACAAGGAAAUACCUUUAUCAGAAAUUUUAUCUUUGGAACCAGCAAAACCAUCAGCUUUAAUUCCUAGUGGGGCCAACCCUCACUGUUUUGAGAUCACCACAGCAAACAUCGUGUAUUAUGUGGGAGAAAAUGUGGUCAACCCCUCCAGCCCACCACCAAAUAGCAGUGUCCUCACCAGUGGUGUUGGUGCCGAUGUGGCCAGGAUGUGGGAGAUGGCGAUCCAGCAUGCUCUCAUGCCAGUCAUACCCAAGGGGUCCUCUGUGGGCUCAGGAACCAGCGUGCACAGAGAUAUUUCUGUGAGUAUUUCAGUAUCAAACUGCCAGAUUCAAGAAAAUGUGGACAUCAGCACAGUUUAUCAGAUUUUUCCUGAUGAAGUACUGGGUUCUGGACAGUUUGGAAUUGUGUAUGGAGGUAAACAUCGUAAAACAGGAAGAGAUGUAGCUAUUAAGAUCAUUGACAAGUUAAGGUUUCCAACAAAACAAGAAAGCCAGCUUCGUAAUGAGGUUGCAAUUCUUCAGAACCUUCAUCACCCUGGUGUUGUAAAUUUGGAGUGUAUGUUUGAGACGCCUGAAAGAGUGUUUGUUGUUAUGGAAAAACUCCAUGGAGACAUGCUGGAGAUGAUCUUGUCAAGUGAAAAGGGCAGGUUGCCAGAGCACAUAACGAAGUUUUUAAUUACUCAGAUACUUGUGGCUUUGCGGCAUCUACACUUUAAAAAUAUUGUUCAUUGUGACCUCAAACCAGAAAACGUGUUGCUAGCAUCAGCUGAUCCUUUCCCUCAGGUGAAACUCUGUGAUUUUGGUUUUGCCCGGAUCAUUGGAGAGAAGUCUUUCCGGAGGUCAGUGGUGGGCACCCCAGCUUACCUGGCCCCUGAGGUCCUAAGGAACAAGGGCUACAAUCGCUCGCUAGACAUGUGGUCCGUUGGGGUUAUCAUCUAUGUAAGCUUAAGUGGCACGUUCCCAUUUAAUGAAGAUGAGGACAUUCACGACCAAAUCCAGAAUGCAGCUUUCAUGUAUCCACCGAAUCCUUGGAAGGAAAUCUCUCAUGAAGCCAUUGAUCUUAUCAAUAAUUUGCUGCAAGUGAAAAUGAGAAAGCGAUAUAGUGUGGAUAAGACCUUGAGUCACCCUUGGCUACAGGAUUAUCAGACCUGGUUAGAUUUACGAGAGCUGGAAUGCAAAAUCGGGGAGCGCUACAUCACCCACGAGAGCGAUGACUCGAGGUGGGAGCAGUACGCAGGCGAGCAGGGCCUGCAGUACCCCGCACACCUGAUCGAUCCAGGCGCUGGCCACAAGGGCGGUCCUGAGACCGAAGAGACGGAAAUGAAAGCCCUCAGCGAGCGUGUCAGCAUCCUCUGAGUUCCAUCCCCUGUAAUCUGUCAAAACACUGUGGAAUUAAUAAAUACAUACGGUCAGGUUUAACAUUUGCCUUGCAGAACUGCCAUUAUUUUCUGUCAGAUGAGAACAAAGCUGUUAAACUGUUAGCACUGUUGAUGUAUCUGAGUUGCCAAGACAAAUCAACAGAAGCAUUUGUAUUUUGUGUGACCAACUGUGUUGUAUUAACAAAAGUUCCCUGAAACACUAAACUUGUUAUUGUGAAGGAUUCAUGUUAUAUUUAAUGCAUUAAACCUGUCUCCACUGUGCCUUUGCAAAUUGGUGUUUUUCUUACUGGAGCCUCAAUUUGGUAAGAGUCUGCAGAACCUGCCCUUGAAAUAGUUCUCUUCUGUGUGUCUCAUUGGUGUCGUCAUUAUAAGCAAACUCUUGAAGAGUAGAUUAUUACCAGUGUUCUAUGAACAACUCCAAAACUCAUGUGGAAAAAAUGAGUGAUGGAGGCUGGGGGGAUCAGGGGAUGAAUAUGCAAUCCUAAGACGCAAGUGCAUGAAAGAGUUCUACUGUAUAUUUUCAAAUCCUUUGCCUGCCUGGUGUGCCUCAGUAUAUUUAAACUCAAGUAAAUGGGCCUAGGUGCGCCUACUACUCUUAAGCCCAAAUGCCUUAGAAAUGUAACUGUCAUUUAUAGAACAGGUAUAUUUCCCCCUUUCUUACAAUACCCUGCUGUAUUUUGGGAAAUCAGCAGCUAAGCAACCUUUUGCCUUUGUGUAUUUUUCAACAAUAACAAAUAAAUAUUCUUGUGAAAA